AAGAUUGCGGUCGCUGUACCUCUGGCAGGCCUCACCUCGCCGUGUUUAUCAUGGCUCAGCUGAUCGAGUCAAAGUCCGCCCUGUGAGCCACCCUCGGUUCUCCUCGCUCAUGAAGGGACAAUGGAGCACAAUAAUAUAGACGCGUGUAUAGAAGAAUGGGAAACACUCAGUGAAGAAUACAAAGCACUAGAGAAAGUCCACAAAGAAUAUCGCCAGAAGUUAGAAGAACUCACGGAUAUCCAACAGAAAUGUAUCAAAGGCAUAGCUCAUCAGCGUUAUCGCAUUAAUAUAAUCAAGCAGUCUUUAAAGAGAGACACGGCCAAAGAAGAUUCACCAAGAUUAGACCAUAAAGAUGAUCCAGACAAUGAGGAAAGGAACAAGCUCUUGCAGACAGACCUCAUUCGCCGAAAGGCCCAGCUCUAUGACAUGGAGAACAAUAUCCCAAAGCCAAGUGGUCUCUACUUGAAGAUUAUCCUGGGAAAUAUCAAUGUCUCUAUUCUGAAUAAAGAUGACAAAUACAGAUAUAAGGAUGAAUAUGAGAAGUUUAAGUUGGUUAUUAACCUUGUGGCUUUUGCCAUUUCAACAUUCAAUAUUAUCACAAACUUCAGGACAGCUGAUCUCAUCCAUAUGUUCCUUUUAGUUUGGUAUUACUGUACCCUUACAAUCCGUGAGAGUAUACUCAAGGUUAAUGGAUCAAGAAUUAAAGGUUGGUGGAGAGCCCAUCACUUCAUCUCUACAGUACUCUCUGGCAUCUUACUUAUCUGGCCCAAUGGAGAAACCUACUAUGCCUUCCGCAAGCAGUUUAUGAUGUUUAACAUGUACAUCAAGAUAUAA